GUAAAUCUGAAUAUUAACAUCCAUAUCCAAAGGCGGUUCGGUUUUGUCAACAAAAUAUUGCUUCAUCUCGGCUUCCAUUAAGUGAUUUUCUUGACGUCAAUAUCCAGUUAGCAAACCAGAGAGAGAAAAUCGCAAAAACAGAAUAUAAAUAUCCGAACAUGCUCUCAUCGGUCAUUUGUGUUCUCGCAAAUAUAUUCUUAAUUUUUCAUUUCGAAAGGAAAAAUAAAUAUCCGAGGAAACAGCGAAUCAAAAAAAAAGAAAGAAAGGAAAGUGAAAAAUUAAAUAAAAAAAAAACUUUUGAGCACAACACAGGGAGUGAUGAUGAUAUUUCUUGAUAUUUCUUUUAGUUUCAAAUGUGCUACGGUUUGAAGUGCGAGUGAAACAGUCAUUGAAACGAUACGCGGAAAUUUUGCGCUCGAAACUCACAAAGAACAUAUCAAAAACAAUAAACUUAGCUCAUUCAAAUGGAAGCAUUCAUAUUCAUAGUGAAAUUUCCGAAUCAACCCAUCUAGAUUCUACCAAGUGAAAUCAUUCAUUCAUAGUAAAACUAGUGUUGCAAAUGGAUUGUGAAACUAUAAGCUAAAUCAAUCGAAAAAUUUGCUGAGCCAUAGUUUCGAAAACGACUACGAAGUUUAAUAAAAUAAAAAAAUAAUAUCUAAACUUACAUAAAUACAUUUAUUGUGUUAGGAAAGUGAGAAGAAAUUUGAAAAUUUUAGGAGGAAAAGUAACAAAAAAAAAAAGAAAAUAGAUUAUAAAAUUUGGUUUACGGUGUAAUCAUAAAAGAACCUUUAAAUUAACGAAUCAACUCCUGCUGUAACUCAAGACAACGAGAUAAUUCUUCUUUAUGAUGAAGCAAUAAUAAAACAUUUGUGUUGGAUAUAAGCUUCUUUGUUAUAAGACAGUAUCUACGAAAUUCUAAUUAAAGUGGAUUUGCGUUUCAAAUUUCAAUCGUAAAUAUUAAAUAUCUACAAGAAAAGAAAGCAAUAAAAUUAUUUUAUUUUAUACUUGAUUGCUUCGAUAUAAAAUCAUCAAGAUGUUCAGUUUCUUUAAACGAAAAUCUCGUCCAAAUAACAACAAUAACAAUGAAAAUAAAACUUCCGUUAACAUGCAACUGGCGAUCGAAAAACAACAAGCAAAUUUACAUCGAAAUCUCGAGCUAAAGCGGCAAAAUGAUGUCAACGAUCGAUCACAAAAAGAUGUAAAUUCACUCGUCACUAGAACUGGCAACAACGAAGAUGAUCCUUCUAAAAAUAAAACAGCGGUGUUGCCAUUAAUUCUUAAUGAAUAUGACAAGAGCAAAGUAUUAACACAAAGCACAUGCGCUGAUGUAAAACAACAAAACUACGAUCAGUAUCGUGAUGCGAAGCGAACAGCUUACAUGCUUAGCAUCUCCAAUGAGCACGCGAGUAAACCAGAGAAAACUCCGACAAAUUGCUAUCAACCGAAUGCGAAGAUCGUCGUUGCAUCAUCAAUCAAAGAUCAACAAAAUACUUCGCCGCUCAUUGGCACAGACUCAAGGAACACGUACAAUUCAGUUUACGAAGUGAUGGGACGUGGACGCAAUAGAAAUAAGAAUCGCGGUUACAGUACGCCGAAUAAUUAUCAAAAUUAUAAUAAAAAUGUGAAAAGUGUUAUUGAAAAUGAGGACGAAAAGAAUUUGAAGCAAUUGAACGAUGUGACGAGUGAAAAUUCCAACUUAAAGCAAAAAAAUAUUGAAGAAAAACAUAAUUCAGUGACUUUCGUUGCCAACGGUACUGCAUUUGCAGAUGAAAAUUCCGAAAAAUCCGCCAGUAUUUCUUACGAUGAAAAUGUGUUUCAUGAUGAAAAUUCGUGUUCUAAAAAUAACCAACCAGAAAACCAAAACGAUAACCUAGCCACAUCUGAUGAAGCAACAAACAUUGUUGUUAGUAAUUCUCAUCAUCAUGAUGAAGAACAAGAAGAAGAAGAGAAGGAGAAAGUCAAAUUAGUGGAGAGUUCAGUGAAAAAUGAAGAGUUUCUCAUGCAACAAGUUGAAGUGCCAUUGCAGCGCAAUCCCUCUUUGAAACGAGUCACAUUUGCACCAUCUCCACCACGUUCCGUUGCUUCAUCCGAUGAUGAAGAUGAAACUAUAAGUGAUGACAUUUUUUAUGAAGCGGAAGCACCAAAUGAAACUCAAAAACUUCGAAUUUUGUCAACCAUAACAUCGCAUAGUUGCGAGUCGUCGCGUAUUGAAGAAGAAAAUGAAGAAAUUGGCACUUCAGCCUCAAAUGAUGAAAUGUCAUCUUCAAAUAGCAACAAUGGCAAUUGUAACAGCAGCAAAAAUAUGAAUAAUGACAACAAAAAUAACGACAUCGUUUGUGCGAAGAUUAUUUUAAGUGUAGAUGAAAACGACGAAAAUAUUUUAAGUGAUAAUGAUGAAGGAAAAUCUGAUAACAUUAAAACUCAUGCAUUUAGUAGUGAUGAAAGCAAUACUAACAUUACGAACGACUUUGAAGUCACCCCGAAAACAAUAAAGCCUUCGUAUCUGUUGGUUGGUGAAGACACCAUUGCUCUCCCUGAUAUCGUCGCCGAAACAAGCUUACUCGAACAACAACAACAUCUUCCAGUCGAUGAAAUGGCUACAUUGGGGAGUCAAGCGAGCAAUUAUAAUGGAAAUUCAAUAUCAAGCAGUCAAAUUGAAGUCGUUGACCAGAUGCAGUUAAAAGUUAAUCAGUUGUGCAUGAAGAUCGAUGAUUUGGAAAGAGAAUUGGAUAUUAAAAUUGGAGCCGUUGAACGUCUUCAAUCUGAACUUGAAGCGAACAGCAAGGAAGAUGAAUGUGUACGACAACGCUUGCGUUUUCAAGAUGAGCAAUUGGAAAAAGUUAAAGAGAGGCAAGACUUGUUGCUCGAUGAAGAGCAGAGAAAAUAUGCAUCACUUGACAAUCAACAUAAAGAAACAAUUGCGAAACUACACAAAAUGCAAUCUUUGGCAAGCAGCUUGAACCUUCAACUAGCACAAGCAUCAACAGAAAUGGAGAAGCUUCGACAAGCCCGCGAUGAAAUUCUGGAUAAAUUAACAGCACAGGAGAAAAUUUUGCGUGAUAUUCUGCAAACGGCAAUGGAGGAACGUGAACAAAUUGUAGCAAAAUGGAAGCAUGACUUUGAGCAAUUGAGAAAUGUAAACUGCGAUAGAGAAGAACAUCUCAUGGAGGAUUGCGAAUGGAAACUUCGUCAAAUGAUGAAACAAUGUAAAGAGAAAAUUGAAAGGGCAGAAAGUGAAAAGAAGUGCCUGAAAGAUCAAGCUCAAGUUGAUAAAGAAACAAUCAAAAGUCAACGAGAUGAAAUAAGAAAUCUUAAGGGUUGUGAGAGAGAAGCCGCACAUUUAAGGAGCCUUACUGACGAACAGAAAAGUUCAUUAUCAUCUAUGCUAAGACGAGUAGAUGAUUUAAAGAGCGAGUUGUCAAACGUCAAACGGCGAUUACAAGACGAAAUUGAUAGCUGUCUUCAAAUAAAACGCGACUGUGCAUAUCAAUUGAGCGAGAAGGAACGUUCAUGCCUUAGUCGAAUUGAAAUCGCGCGUGGCGAAAGCGCAAUGGAAUGGGAAGAUAGGCUGAUGGAGGAAAUGUGUCGCCUAACACGAGAGCUAGAACAAGUACAUUUAGAUGAGCGAAAUUCAGCAUUAAAUAAAUUGAAAGCUGAGCAACUACUUGAAAUUCAAGCGAUUACUGCAAACUUUAAACAACAAGAAAAAAUUCUUGUGAAUGAUAUUGCGGCACUAAAAGUUGAAAUUGAAACAAAGCAGAAAGAUUUACAAGAGACGCAAUCUAAAGCUGACAUGCAGUUACUCGACCAUCGAGCUUAUCUACAGAAGCGUGAACGUGACCAUCAAAAGGAAUUGGACAAGUUGCAAGUGGAACUUGAGCGACAACAGAGACUCCACUCCGAUUUAAUUGAGGAAAUUAAAGACGAACAUAAACGUGAAAAGGAACAAAUAAAAGCCAGCUUUUAUAGAUCCUUAGAACAAAUUAAAGAAGAGUUUGCCAACGAAAUUACUCUCACAACGGAAACAUUGCAGGCGAAGCAUAAAAAGGAGAUGGAAGAACAGUGGAAACAGUUGGUUCAUGAGAAAGAAACAGCUCUGUUAACUGCUGAAAAUCGUCACCGAAUAAGGAUAGAAGACGCAGAUAAUAAAUUGAGUGCUAUCAAACUUAAUCACAAACGAGAGCUAAGCGAUUUUAAGGAUCAAUUUGAGUUUGAAAAAAUUCGAUUGAAUAGUCGCGAUGUUUCAAAUACACAAGAAAUUGACACGCUACACAGAAAGUGCAUAUGCCUCACUAAACUCUUUGAGGAAAUGCGAAUGCGCUAUGAACGACGCGAUCCACGUUCGGAAGAUUUGAGGCAGAUUGAUGAAUUGAAAUCAGUGGUCGAAUCACAAGAAAAAGACAUUUUCCAUUUGACCGAACAGCUUCGAGAAAUGCAAUUACAGCAACAUAGUCAGCAGCAUAAUCAGCAUAGUCAGCAAAAUCAAGGAAAUCUGCAAAAUGUUAAUCAAUCACGUCGAAACAAAAACAAGAAUAAUAAAAAUAGUAAUAACCAUAGAAAUAACAAUAAUACGGCUAAUCAUAAUGGAAAUUCCAAUAAUAAUAUUAUUAAUAAUGGCAACAAUAUACCCCAACAAACACAACAACAGCAACAACAAAUGAGACAUGAUGCCUCGCUAUCUCAUCAUCAGACACAACAAAAUGCAAAUCAUGACCAGCAUCAGCACCAGAGCCAACAGCAGCAGCAAGUCCGCAUGAAGCCCCCGCCUUUAAUCAAAACAAUUAUUUAUGAAGAAGAGAACGAGAAUGAAUUGUAUGAACAGCAGAUUCGCGAGGAACGUGAAAAUGCACAAAAAAUUCACGAGCAGGAAGUUGAAACUGAAUUGCAAAGUCAUGGCGAUAGCGUGACUGUUGUAGAAUUGGUUCCAGAAAGUCCUGAUUUUACAACAAAGAUAAAACAAAUGAAUCUUGAAGAGAUUUCUGAAGCUCACAUAAUUUCUAACUUAAAUCAUAUUCCAGAUGUUGUUGUCUUUCCAACAACGACUCUUGAAGACAAGCUUCAAGAGAUUCGCGUUGAAGUUAUUUCAACAAUAGAACCAUCAAAUAUUCAAAUUGUUCCAGUAAAUAGACGUGAAUGCAAUGGAAAUGCUUCUACAUAUGAACUCGAAUUGGAUUGAAAGGAUCUUUAAGAUUCUGAAGAUACUUUGUAAUUUAUUUGCUGCUUUUCCUUUUAAUGGCUGUUUUGCUCGCCAAAAAAAUUUUAAUGUAUCGAUUUAUUACUAUUUUAUCUCCCUUCAUUCUCCUUUUUUUUUAUAAUCAUCGAGAAUAACGAUGAAAAAAAAAUUGUUGAAUAAAAGUUUAUUUACGAAAAUGUUAAAUUUACUGCGGUGAA